AUGGCCUCCGUUCGUUCCUUAGGCCUCCACGAACCAUCGGCCUUACCUUUUCUUGUCGCAGAGGACCUCCUGCCUCCUGAUCCAUCAGAGAAUCAAUACGAAUGGCGUACAACGGUCGAUGAAGGUCCGGAUGGGCCCGUGGAUGAUGAACUUGUCUGGACUACAAGCUGUGUCGUUUGGUCUCGAGCGGGAGUCGUGAAGAGGGUGUUCCGGUUGGAUAUCGAACGAGAGGAGAUCAAACAUGCUCUCUUCACAAGAUUCUCCGUCGAGAAGGCCACUGAGUCAGAUGGACGACCUAUACAGGCGCAGGGCUUCAAUGGUAACUCAGGCAGCGAGCCUGGCCAGAGUCGUGGUCCGCAGAGCCAACCAUCACAGCAUUUCCCGGGGACGUUGCCGAGUCUGCACGAUCGACCUGUUCAAGGAUCGCAGGCUGUUGAGACUGGGGAUAGCUCAAGAGCCUUGGUUGUGGUACUCAAAUCACAGGCCCACAUCUUCUUUCUAAACGGCAAUAGCCAUGUCAUUCCCCUGCCUUUCGAGGUUGAUUCGGUGUUUGCAACCCCUCGAGGUCUUCUCUUUCAGAGGAAAAUACAAGAGGAAGAUACUAGUAUUUACCCUAUGGCGCCUCCAAAUUCAUUCAUCUCAUCAUUUCCUACCACCGACUUCCGCGCUUCUCAAUCCCUGGAUCGGCCCUCUGGCCAAGCCCAACGACCAUCAUUGACCAUUUCUCCUGCUCAGAACACUGCUUUGAACUCCCGAGCUACUAAGAAUGCGAAUCUACCCCGGGUGUUCUCUCUCAUGGACCCGCACUCUGAAAUGGGCCUGGUUGUGACCAAACAGUCCUCACGUUGGUUACAGAGUAGUAUCAACGGCAAACCCUCUGGCCUGGAUGUCCUUGAUCCUGCCGAUGAAAUCGUAUACGUUUCUCCAAAUAAUGAACUAUUGGGAUCUAGCCGGACUCUGAGUAAGAAUCCGUUGAUCCUCGUGGUAACCGUCAACAUGAAUACUGGGCUGUACACUCUCUGGACGGCACGAUAUAGAGAAGACGAGACUGGUCCUUCCUUGAAGAAACAACGGAGGCGAGACACAGGGGGCACGCGAUCCAAACGUCGUAGUUCGCAUUUCAGCAUGGCGACAGGAGCGACCACGCCUGCUGCACGCCCGUCCGCGGCCAGGGAAAGCUUCGGUCCCCGAGGCGACAACUGGAACGUGUCGGGCUUCUCCCACUCCCAGUACUCCGUCGACAGCAGGCCGGAUGAUGAUGACCUCGCAUCAAGGUUGGGCCAGGACUUCGGCGAUCUCGGUGUACCGUCUAAGACAUCACGGCGAGUGAGUUCCAUGCUCGCUCGCGCUGAUCUUGCGACCAGUCAGGAUAGAAUAGCAUUCUCGGAUCUCGCUACAGGGAGUCAAACAGGCACCGUGCCUCAUGGAGGUUUGCGUCAAUCCAUUGGCGGUACCAGCACUCGUGGGAGUUUUGGAUUUAAUCCGCGUGGUUCGCUGCCACCGGGAACCGGCUCCGUAUACAGCACCGCAAGCAGUUUCGUCGAUGCACCGGUUGACCGUCUACUCGAAGAACUGAACGACGAUAGUCUAUUUGAAGGGUUUGGCAAUAUGGAACUCAAGGAGACGACGUCUGGGCUGCCGGAAGAGGUUUUGCUUUCGAAAGUAGAAAGCUUCUCGACCAGGUUUUCUGGUACAUUCCAGACUCCUGUCAGGUCGCCUUCCCGAAGAGUGAAAAUCAUCACUCUGUCUCCCUCGGAAUGUGGAAUCACGCAGAACGGAAAUUCGGCUGCUCUGGCUGUUUACCUUUUGGACCAGGACGCAAAAUCGAUGACUGUUGUGAAUCUACGCGCUGACAGGGUAGCACUGCCGAAGAAAGAUGCAGUGACUGCCAAGAAACUGCGAAAGGAGGCCUCUUCUGAGGAGCGUUCUUUGCUCGUCCAGGCGACGGGCAUACAUCACUUCACUGAUAUUCGAGACGCCUGCAGAGUUGUUGAUGGUCAGACUUCACGCAUCUUGACACUUGGAGCAGCACACGCCGAUCAAAACGAAUUGUACCUGCAAAGUCCAUGGAGCAACCCUAUCAGAGUCGACAUUCCCCACAAUCUAAUGCUAUAUGAGAGAUAUGGCGUGUCCUCCAGCGCAUCCUCUAAUCGCCCACGAGAAAGUGGUAUGAAUCGUAUAAUGACUGAUGGCCCGGUAUCAAUAUCUGGUCUUGACCAUCCGUCUGUUCGAGGAAAAUUCGACGUGAUCGACGCCACGAAUAGACGGCACAAGCUACAGAUACAGAUGGAGCCUAGCAAUGAGCUUGUUAAGAACGUCAUUCGAAUCUGUAAAUUUGUUUUGCGUGACUUUGAGAAAGCUGGCGAUGGUAUAUUGGCUGGUUGGUGGGAAACCGUCAAGUGGCUUCGCGCGAGAGACACUGGCGAGACUGACCUCGAAUGGACUGCAAUGACAAUCGUGUUGUUCGCAAUGGCAUUGCAGUUUAUUGACAGUGAUCAAACUGCCGUCAAACAAGCACGGAGAAAGAAGGGUCUCCUUAGGUCCAGCAGUGGAAGCUAUGUCGACCUUGAGAGCUGGGAAUCGAUGUUGGACAAGGAAUCAAGCUCUUCUGGCGUUGUAGCGCCUUGGAUGGCCAGCAGUUCUUGGGGAUGGAUCCUCGAGCAAGAUGCAGAACAAGAUGCUGUCAAGUCUCAGGCAAGGAACGCUCGAAAGAGUGACCAGCAGGUUUCUAAGGGAUCAACCUUUCGAACAAACACGUAUUUGGUCCGAUGCAUAGCUCUGGCCCGAGAAUUUCUGCGAACUCCUCGGGGUAACACGACGAUCGGACCAAACGGUCAUCUUCCUAUUGCGCUCUCCUGCAAUGAUACUCUCCGGCGGACCGCCCUGUGUACGAUUGUAGUAGGCUUACACCUGUUUCGGGAGGAACAGAAGCUUUCAAUCUGUGAUGCCGAGCAUGAACGUAAACCUUUGGGUCUCCUUGCGCCCGUUCUGGCCCAAAUCGGCGGCUGGCUCGGAUGGACGUCCUGGACAUGGGCAGACGACGCGUACUACGGCUCUGAGAUGGCGAGUAUGGAACGGUGGCAGUUUGAAGCUUCUCGCAUCUCGAUGAUGGAUAUUCCUCCAGAGCCCUUUGCGCCUCCUUCGAUCUUCGCUCACCUGGAGACUGCAUGGGGGCAGCGCUCCUCGCCGUUCUUAACACUUCUCGACCUCGUCAGCACAUCGGAGAGCACUCCACGCAAUGGGAAAUUAUGGCAGGAAUGUUUUAGGCUCACUCCGAGGACACUGGCUCUGAAUGGGCUCCUCUCCGAAAUACACGACAUCUCGUCCUCGUUUGACAAGGUCAAGCUCCUUCACCGUUGGGGGCUUACCAGGAACGUCGUCGAGACCUUCCCAGAAGGCGUCAGUACGCCGCUGUAUGAAGCGAUCAUGCGUACACAGACCCAGGCCUCGGCGUCCUGGAAUGCGAAUCUUUUGGAACUUGUCGAUCGAGAGGAUCUGAGCAUGUCCAUGAAUACGGAUACACCAUGUCCACCUUCGGUACCUCCUCAAUCCGCCCUAUCGCAUGAUGCAGUGCGCGACUUCCAUCACAUCGGUGCCUCGGCCCUCGAAAUUGACACAAUCAACUCCUUUGAGGCUUCCGCAGAGGCAGAUCGGUUCUCUAUAACACGGUUGAUUUUCAGAGACGACAAACGCUUCAUAGAAGCGGCCAAACUGCUCAACCAAUCCAAAGCUCCCGUGGCAGAGUGCAUUCCAGAGCCCGACUGGACCGAUUCAGACUUACUUGAGGCGCAGAAGGAGGUGGUGCAACUCGUCACCCUUCGGACCUUGUCGAUCCCUGCCGGCCGAGCCAUGCUUGCUUUCAGCGGCCGCUUGCCUCUAUUGACAGAGAAGCUUCCAAUUCCGUCAUUUUCGCUGCAGUGCGUUAUGAAGCCGUCAAACGUGACAGUCAGCGCCGAAAGAGCAUCCUUCAGCGAGGAAAAGGUGUGCUGGGCCUUUUUUCACAACGGCGUCUCCACUGGGCUCGCUAUCUCCAAGAAGUCAAAGGGGAUCGACACGUCAUGGAUCCUUUUCAAUAAGCCACAGGAGCUGACCAACCGACAUGCGGGCUUCUUGCUGGCCUUGGGUCUCAAUGGACACCUCAAAUCGCUGGCCAAGUGGGUAGCUUUCAAGUAUUUGACCCCUAAGCACACCAUGACAUCGAUCGGUCUCUUACUCGGGCUCUCGGCGUCUUAUUUGGGCACAAUGGACACCCUUAUUACACGGUUGCUGUCGGUACACGUUACACGAAUGCUGCCCCUUGGGGCCGCCGAACUCAACCUAUCACCGCUUACGCAGACCGCUGGCAUCAUGGGAAUCGGCCUGCUCUACUGUAACUCUCAGCAUCGAAGGAUGAGCGAGGUGAUGUUGUCUGAAAUCGAAAACGCGGAACAAGAGGAGAGCUCGCCGUCGCAUGAGGAUCUGCGUGAUGAAGGCUACCGGCUGGCGGCCGGGUUCGCCCUUGGCUUCAUCAACCUGGGCAGAGGCAAAGACCUGAGAGGCAUGCGGGAUAUGCAUAUUGUGGAAAGGCUCUUGGCCAUCGCGGUAGGCACGAAGACUGUUCACUUGGCUCAUGUGCUCGAUCGAGCCACCGCUGGUGCUACCGUUGCCCUUACGAUCAUUUUCAUGAAGACAAACGAUGAGGUUCUGGCGCGAAAGAUUGACAUCCCCGAUACCACUGUCCGUUUUGACUAUGUACGACCGGACCUCUUCCUCCUACGAACGCUGGCUCGACAUGUUAUCAUGUGGGAUAGCAUACGGCCCAGCUAUGAUUGGAUUAUCGAGAGUCUCCCUAAAAUUUAUCGACGUCGAUAUCGGCUCACAGGCGUCAGCCGACUGAAGAGUGAGGACAUGCCCUUCUUCAACAUUAUUGCUGGGCUCUGCUUCGCUCUUGGUCUGCGCUUUGCGGGCUCUGCCCAGCCAGCUGUUCGUGACCUGCUUAUCUCCUACCUGGACCAAUUCAUCCGAAUUUGCAGACUCCCAGCGGUGAAUUAUGACGGGCGACUCACCAGGAAUUCGGUCCGAAACUGUCAGGACAUCGUUGCACUCUCCGCGGCGACUGUAAUGGCCGGAACGGGAGACAUAGCACUGUUUCGACGAUUGCGAUCGCUGCACGGCCGCGUGGAUGCAGACACGCCGUAUGGAAGUCACAUGGCCGCGCACAUGGCCAUCGGGCUGCUCUUCCUGGGCGGAGGCAGUUAUACGGUUGGCACCUCCGACCUGGCGAUCGCCUCGCUGAUCUGCUCACUGUAUCCCAUCUUCCCGACGACGGUGCUAGACAACAAAUGCCACCUCCAGGCGUUCCGGCACUUGUGGGUUCUGGCUGCCGAGCCGCGCUGUCUUGUGCCCCGGGACAUCGAUUCUCGCCGCCCGGUCCAUCUCCCGAUCACCGUAACGAGUACAAGCGGGCAGAGACAGACCGUGACCGCGCCCUGUCUCCUGCCAGACCUGGAAAGCAUCGCGAAAGUGGAAAUCCGCAGCGCCGACUACUGGCCCCUUGUCCUGGACUUCACGCAGAACAAGCGGCUGUACGACAAGUUCCGGCACGGGGACCAGUCCGUCUAUCUGCGGCGCAAGGCGACGUACUACCCCACCGGAUCCUCCGUGUUCGUGGCGACGCUGUCCGGCCUCAGCGAGGCGCAAGACGUGCUCCCGUCAUCCGCGGCCACUGCCAACCCGGGCCGGCGACUCCUCCCCGCGGCGCCGCCCAAGGCCGUCGCGCUGCUCGCGUCGGGCUCCAAGCUCGUCCAUCGCGCGGCGCCGUCACAGAGCAUGUGGGACUGGAUCUUCAACCUCGACUCCCUGCGAGGGCUCGACAUCCACGAGAGAUCGCUGGUGCUGCCCGCCUCGUUCCCCGCACGCGUUCGGAGCAUAGGGGCGAGUGGUGGGCCGGGGGAUGCGCCGUGGCUGCGCGUCUCGGCCGUGGACAGCAAAUUGGUGAUCGAGAGCAGCGUGCAGCAUGUGCUCCGCGCGGCUGGCGGGCGGGGCGCGGACGCCGACGAGGUCCGCGAUCGCCUCUGGCAGCUGCGGCUGUUGUACAGCUGGCUUGACCAUGUCCGAGCGGGGGAGGAGACGGAGGCGAACGGCGACGGCGAGGCUGCAUCGUCCAAGGGGUUAUGGCUGCGGCGGGACUUUUUGGAAGAAACCCGGUGGAAGAUUUGGGGGGUGCAGAUGGGGGGAGGAUCCUGA